AUGAGCGACAACGCAAUCCUCGAGAACAAAACGCGAAAACGCAAACAGCGAGCGAUUCUGUCGUGUAAUGAUUGUCGGAGAAGGAAGUUGAAGUGUGAUAGGGAGUUGCCUUGUAAUCGUUGUCUGAAUGGCGGAAUUGCCGCGAGUUGCGCGUAUGAGAAGGUGGAGGAUGGGCAUUCGGGAAUGGAGGAACCGCCGACUAAACAAUCACGACAAGCUUCUAUUCAGCCUGCAAUCAACUGGACGACUCAGGCUGUUGAAAUUACCUCCGGGAACCUGGGGCAACAGAAGAAUCCGCAGCCUCUCACGAGCACCGCCGAGAAUCUGCUCCAACAGAAGAACGCCCCAUCCGAGAUUGCGGGAGACAACCACACAGAGCGCCUGCGUAACCGAGUGGACUAUUUAGAAGCGCUUGUGGAGAGCUUGACAAAUAAGUCCGAGAAGAAUCCACGAUCAAACGCUAUAGUGGAUACUGCAUCGGAUGUCGAGGAGUUGAGCAGUUCGGCUGGUUCGGUCGGGUUGUUUAAAGGCCGUGACUUCGGUACCUUCUACUAUGGACCGAGCAGUCUUAUGAGCAUCAUUGCACAGUUUCCGGAUCUACGGCCUUUUAUGAAACAGAUAUACGUUACCUCUUCAUUAGCAAGGCUUAGGCAAGAUCAAAAAUUUUCGGAGGACCACUCGGCUCGCACCAACAAAGCCACUUGUCGAGUCCUCUCCGUCCCGAACUUGCGAAGCUUAUUGCCCGACAAGACAACGGUAGACGUAGUCAUCCAGAAGUAUUUCGACACCUUCGAGAAGACCUACCGUAUCCUACACAUUCCCACAUUCUGGAAUGCUUAUAAAAACUACUGGGAUGCUCCGCCCGGCCUUAAUACUGAUAUGGACGCUAUUGUCCUUGCCAUUCUGGCAUGCACUCUUUGCACCUCCACGCAUGACGCGACGAGAUACGAUCCAAAUGGUUCAGCAUUCCGUAGCAAAGCCAUAGUGUGGAUCAAAGCUUGCGAGGCUUGGCUGAGAUGCCAAAGCAACAAGCAUAGAAGCCUAGCGUCUCUCCAAGCCCGCUGCUUGCGUCUCCUGGGGCUAUCCACCACGUGCCUAAAGACGAAAGAGUACUAUCAAGAAUGUGAGGCACAUCUAGCCCUUAUGAGAUCUUGGGGUAUGCACAGGGAUCCUAGCCUCCUGGACCACCGGUGCUCGAUCUUCGAAGGAGAAAUACGGCGCAGGCUAUGGGCGACCUCAGCGGAGUUCGAGUUACAAGCUGCAGUCGAUAAAGGUAUGCCUUCGGUCUUAUCAAGUCACGAAUACGACAGCGCACCGCCUAGAAAUAUCAACGAUACGGAGUUUAGCCCCGACGUAAAGCAGCUUCCCGCUUCUCACCCUCCAUUCGAAUUCACAGAUACGUCAUUCUUGCACCACUCCGCACAGACAGCCCCUCUCAGAAUCAAACUCUGCGCACUCGCGAACGCUCUGAACCCUUGUCACAGUUUCCAGGAGAUGCUUGGGUACGAACAACAAGUCCAGAGUGCGCUCGGACAGCUGCCGAAAUGGACGGAACCGCCGUCCUUACAAGCAUGUACUCUUCUCGACAUCCAGCUCAGACAGUUCUUGGUCAUAUUGCAUGCUCAGCGAGCUCUACAAAUAGAGCAGCGAACGAAGCCGGAUCAUCGAUAUGCCCUUCUAACAUCUCUAGAGGCAUCGGCAACCCUGAUAGACCGACACUAUAAGCUAGUGGAUUCCGGCAAUUUUGCACUGUGUUGUAUUAGGUCCGAUUACUUACGCGCAGCACUUCUCAUCUGUCAUAUCGCCUACUAUGCCGGAAAAGCGUCUGACUCUCUCCUUAUGCGAGCUGCAAAAUCUGUCUUCGACAAUGAAAUGGGAAAGGCUUUUCGCCUUCAAGAAGAGCGUUCGAUGCGGCCCGGUCGAGGGAACCAUCAGUACUGGUACAUGAGUGCUGCGGCUAGCCUCGUUUCAAUCACAUUCGACCCUUCCCACGCAGAGCAGUUGAAGCGACAAGCCGUCGAUAGAGUUUCAAGAUUAUUGUAUCGCAUUUUGGCCCUGCAGGAUGAUCACGAUGAGCAUAGUCUUGCGAAGGAGGUUAUACUAGGAGAGGAGCCCAUUGUAAUUUCGAGUACGAUGACAGCAGCAACGCCGAAUGGUCCAACGUCUUUCGGUCUGGGGGAUUCCUUCGCUAAUCCAACGCCUGGCCUAGAUAGCUUCGAUCUCGGCAUGACGGCGUCUGAGGGCAACCAGUGGAUGCUCGACGAUUUCUGGUUCUUCAACGAUUUCCCGUCUCUUUGA